AUGCAGACUGCUUCUACAAACAUUGGUGAAAGAAUGGGUCGCUCUCAGGAGCUCAGUGACUCCAAGCGUGGUCCCGUGAUAGGUUGCCACCUGUGCAAUAAGUCCAUCCGUGACAUUUCCUGGCUACUAAAUAUUCCACGCUCAACUGUUAGUGGGAUUAUAACAAAGUGGAAGCAACUGGGAACAACAGCAACUCAGCCACCAGGUGAGGGGGGUCAGCGCAUGCUGAAGCGCACAGUGCACAGAAGUCUCCAACUGUCUGCAGUCAAUAGCUAAAGACCUCCAAACUUCAUGUGGCCUUCAGAUUAGCACAACAAUGGUGCGUAGAGAGCUUCAUGGUAUGGUUGUAUAU